AGAAUGGGGGAGGGAGGGCUGCCGUGCAGCAGGAACUGUGCAGACACACACACACACACACAAGGGAUCUAGGGACGGCAGCCCCUCGCACCAGGAUCUAGAACCACACCGGCAAAGAGAGUAAAAGAAAAAUAUCAGUAAGGCAACAUAAUGGCAGAUAAAAUUAAAGAUGCAAAGAUCAUCUUUGUUGUGGGUGGGCCUGGUUCUGGAAAAGGCACCCAGUGUGAAAGAAUUGUAGCAAAAUACGGCUACACCCACCUGUCAUCCGGGGACCUGCUUCGUGCUGAGGUGUCCUCUGGUUCUGACAGGGGCAAACAUUUGCAGGAGAUCAUGCAAAAGGGAGAGCUUGUGCCCCUGGAUACAGUCUUAGACAUGAUUAAGGAUGCAAUGAUCGCCAAAGCUGAUGUCUCCAAGGGUUACGUCAUUGACGGCUACCCCCGUGAGGUGAAGCAGGGUGAGGAGUUUGAAAAGAAGAUUGGCAAACCCUGCCUUCUGCUGUACAUCGACGCCAAAUCUGAUACGAUGGUCAAGAGGCUUUUGAAGCGUGGAGAGACCAGCGGUCGUAGCGACGACAAUGAGGAAACCAUUAAGAAGCGCCUGGACUUGUAUUACAAAGCAACCGAACCGGUCAUUGCCUUCUACGAAAGCCGUGCGAUUGUCAGGAAGAUUGACUCUGAGCCAGCACCUGAUGAGGUCUUCGGACAAGUGUGUAAAGUUAUUGAAGCUAUGUAAUAAAA